AUGCCUCUUCCAGCAGAUCCUGCAGUUGCGGGUGUUGGCAAAAAGCUUGCUGAGACGCUACGGUCACUUUUUGGACCUCGUCCAGGCAUUCGCCCUGGUCAUGCUAAAGGGAUUCUCCUCAAUGGUAUCUUUAUACCCACGCCAGAGGCGAAAACGCUUUCAAAGGCACAGCAUUUCAAUGAAGCCUCUACCCCUGUAAUCGCCCGCUUCUCCUUGUCGACAGGAAAUCCUGAUAUCCCAGACUCAGACCCGCGGAGCAAUCCUCGUGGUCUCGCUAUUCGCUUUCAACUAGCCGAGACGCCGUGGCGUCUCCAUACCGACAUUGUUGAUGGUACUCCCGGUAGUAACGGCGAAGAGACACUUGAGUUCUUCACGGCCUUGAAGAAUGGUACCAUCACCGAAUACAUCAAGGACCAUCCCAAGGCAGCCCAUUUUAUACAGCUACCGAGGCCAUUUCCAGCUAGUUUCGCACACCAGCGGCCUUUCGCUGUCAAUACUUUCAAGUUCAUUGCCGCAUCUGGGGAAGAAACAUUCGUUCGAUACCGCAUCGAGCCUGUAUUGGGCGUUCAAGAUUUGAGCGCUGAGGAGGCAGCUGCCAAGGGCCCAAGUUACCUCUAUGAUGGGAUUAUAGAAAUGCUGGCCAAGGGGCCUGUUCAGUUUAAGCUGAUGGUCCAGAUAGCGGAGCAAGGAGACAUAACAAGUGAUCCAUUGGUCAAGUGGCCAGAGACAAGGACAGUGAUAGAGCUUGGAACGAUCACUCUGGUAGAAAUAUUGGAUGACAAUGUGGCAAAGCAGAAAUAUGUCAUUUUCGAUCCUAUUCCAAGGGUAGACGGUGUUGAGGCAUCCGAUGACCAACUACUUCAGUAUAGAGCGGCAGCAUAUCUAAUUAGCGGAUUAGAACACAGAAAUGCAUAG